UUUCAUUCAAGUUUUCAGCAAUCAAUUACAAGUGAGUUUGUGUGAGUUAAAUUGUGAACGUUUUUGCUUAAUUUCUCCUUUGAGGAUUCAAGAGAAUUGAGUGGUCUCUUAUCAACUAGAAAACGCGUCUAGUUGUGGCAAGCAUCGACCAUAUCGGUUGGCCUCUUCCACGGGUUCGAGAUUGUUUGGAAGGUUUCAUAUACCUUCUGGCGCUUCUCACGAGUUCGGAUUUGUUUGAUCGAUUUCCGCGACUAUCCUUUAUUAUCGAGUUCAAGAAAAUCAAAGAAUCAAGAAAAUCAAGAAAAUCAAUAAAAGGUCGUUUUCAAGAAAAUCACGAAAAGAUCAUUGGAGCUGCGUACUUUGGUCAUAUCAUCCGAUUUUGAGGGUUCUCUUCGAAUUAGGGUCAUAUAAGAAGCCCCAAGGACGAUGGGGUACUAUAUGGCCCCAAGGCCGGCAGACAUUCAAUCGCCAAUCCUACGUCCUCUGUUGGCGGCAAACAAUUUCAAGAUCAAGCCGACUCUAGUGACUAUGAUAUAAAACAAUGCUUUAUUCCACGGCCUUGAGAGCGAGUCACCAAGAGAGCAUGUGGAGAGAUUCUUGGAGCUUGGGGGAAGCUUGAAAAUCAAUGGUGUGCCGGCUGAAGCUUUGUAACUAAGGCUUUUCCCAUAUUCACUUUCGGGGAAAGCACUUAGGUGGCUUAACAACCGCCACCUUGUUCAAUCACCUCAUGGGACGACCUCCUCAACAAGUUUUGGCUCGCUACUGCUCGCCUUCAAAGACGGAGGAGUGGAGAAAGAAGAUAACCCAUUUCGAGCAAGAAGAGGACGAGACCUUGAGGGAUGCUUGGGAGAGGUAUUGCGACUAUUUUCUUCAGUGCCUUUACCACGGGUUUGAAGAACAGUUUCGGAUCGAAACCUUCUACGGAGGCCUAAUGAAAGGAGAUAAAAUCCUCCAUGACUCCUUGUGUCAAGGGAAAUUGAUGAAUAUGGCUCCACCCAAAUAACCGAGAUUUUUGAAGACAUGGCCCUUAGGGGAUAGGAUUGGGGGUUGAUUAGAAGUGAAAGAAGAAACUAUGAUUGGGGAGUGAGAAGCGUGGGAGCGAGUGCGCCGUUUGAGGCGAUGUUGGAUAAGUUGAUAGAGGUUAUGCUUGAAGACAAGAGGCAAGGGAAAAAGGUCGUUGAUGUCGUGAGACUGGUGCUCGAGCACCAGUCAUGAGAUGGCGGAGCGUCAAGCAAUGAAGGAGGCAACCACUCCGGAGGAGCAAGUCAACUUCGUUGCAAAUGCUAGGGCCAACAACCCGUAUAGCAAUACUUAUAACCCCGGAUGGAGGAACCACCCCAACUUUGCUUGGGCAUCACCGACAAAUCCAAGGCCCCACGGGAAAUUUCCAACCUCGGUCGACCUUCAUCCAACAAAGGCCCCAACUCCAAGGCUCAAACUUCCAAAAACCGUACCAAUCACAAGGUGCACCAGGAUUUCAACAACAACAACAACCCGACAAACUAUCUAAGCUUGAAGACCUAGUGAACAAUCACUACAAGAAAAUUCACUUUCUGCGACGGAAAAAAAUCGUAGUAGAAAGCCUAAAUUCCGUCGCAAAAUCAUUAUGCGACAAAUUUAACUGUCGUAGAAAAUAAAAAACUUUCGUCAUUAUCAGAAAGUUCAGCGACGAAAAAAACUAGUUUGUCGCAAAAAAAUCAAAUUUGUCGCAGAAGUUUGAUGAUUUACAGACGACCAUGCCGUCGCAGAAUGGUGAUUCUGCGACAAAAAUUGCUCCGUUGCAGAAAGAAAGGUUAUUUGGCAACGGGUUAUUUCGUCACAAAAAGUUAAAUGAUUUAGCGAAGAAAAACCAGUUUUCAAGUUAUUCACAAUUUAUUUUCUGGUUAAUUUCAAUAUAGGUCACAAUUUCGUUUCAUCCUAUUUUCAGUAUAGGUCAUAAUUUUUCACCCGGUUCGUUUUCUGAUUCAUUCUUUUGUCAAAACUCAAAUAAACACCUCAUCAAACCUAAAAAUGAAGAUUUGCUCAAAUUAAGUACACUAUCAAUUCCUCAUUCAAAAUCCAAAUUUGCUAAGUGAGAUCUCUUAAACAACUUAAAAAAACAGAGCAUAUCCCGUUUGGAAGAGCAGAUCUGGUUUCUUUCAUUCGCUUUUCCUGUUGGAAGAGCAGAUAUGGUCGUCCUUGCCCGACUGGACCCGAUUCGUCGCGCCAGAGACAAAAAUCCAAGCCAACUGUCAAUCUCCUUUCACCGUUGUCAACACCGGAAGCCACUAGAGAGCCCCUUUUCUUCUCCCCUCGUUCUCAACCAAAACCAAGAAGGAAAGAUGUCAUUGCCCGUUCUCUUGAACCAGAAAAUGAAAAGAAAAACACACAUGCAGGCCGAAUCUUACAUGGAUCUUCGCUUUUCUGAUCAAAAGAGGAGCCGAUUUGUCGCGGCCAAGGGCCAACACCCAGGCCCCCUGUCAAUCUUCCUUCAGCGUAGACGAACCCCGAAGCUUCCGGCUAUACCCUUUUCUUCCAGUUUGCUUUUCUCAUCGAAAGAAGCAGAUUUCCCACUGACGGUUUCAAGUUGUUUGCUGUCUACAUAUUGAGUAGGGAUGGCAAUGGGUCGGGUUGGGGCGGGUUUUGUCAAACCCAAACCCAAACCCAAACCCAUGGGUUCAUCCACCAAAAAAACCCAGGGUAAAACCCGUUAGGUUUGAAAAACUCAAACCCACCCAACCCGCUGGGUAUCCGCGGGUUCAUGGGUACCCAUGGGUUUUUGUGAUAAAAAAUUUACAAUAAUAAGUUUCAUUUCAAAAUAAAAGUUUAACAUCAAU